AUGUGGGCUUCUUCCCUUGGAGCAGACCAUCCUGAUGCCUCUUUUGUGAAGAGGCAGCUGAGGAGACCCCUGGAUUUACCAAAGGAAGGAAUCAAGACUGAAAAUAACAACCACAUUAAUUUGAAGGUGGUUGGACAAGAUGGUUCAGUGGUGCAAUUUAAGAUUAAGAGGCACACACCACUUAGUAAACUAAUGAAAGCCUAUAGUGAACAACAGGUUGGAAAUGGAGGAGAAGAUACAAUUGAUGUAUUCCAACAUCAGACAGGAGGCACUUACUAA